UCAGCGCCACCACCACUGCCACCACCCUUUCACCCGAAAUUACCAAAACACCAUCCACGUUAUGCAUAACCAAAACAUUUUCUUAUUCACAUUUCCUACAUUACCCACUCUCUCUCUCAUCAUCCUUCAUCCUAUUCCUACAGAGGCAAAGCUCAUCAACAAGAAGAACAGCACGAGAACGAGACACGCUUCCAUCAGAAGAAUCAAUUGGGUUGUUCCCAAGGCAAUAAUGCGUUGCUCUUCCUUCAGUUCUCACAGUGGCGUUGAUAACGAUGACAGCAACAACAACAACAAUAGUGCUUCUUUCCGCAACUUCAAGCUGAACGAGUCCACCUUCUUGGCUUCCCUCAUGCCCAAAACAGAGAUUGGCGUCGACCGUUUCCUCCAUUCUCAUCCAAACUACGAUGGCCGCGGUGUUCUCAUUGCUAUCUUCGAUUCUGGUGUAGACCCGGCAGCUGCAGGAUUACAGAUUACCUCAGAUGGGAAACCAAAAAUUCUUGAUAUCCUUGAUUGCACUGGAAGUGGAGAUAUUGAUACCUCAAAGGUGGUGAAGGCUGACGCUGAUGGUUGUAUUUCUGGGGCAUCAGGGGCAUCUUUGGUUAUCAAUACCUCGUGGAAAAAUCCUUCUGAUGAAUGGCAUGUGGGUUAUAAAUUGGUUUAUGAGCUUUUUACAGAAAAAUUGACUUCUCGUUGGAAGAAAGAAAAAAAGAAAAAGUGGGACCUGAAAAACCAGGAGGAAAUUGCUAAGGCUGUAAAACAACUUGAUGAAUUUGAUCAGCAACACAUCAAGGUGGAGGAUGCUAAACUUAAAAAAGCUCGUGAAGAUCUCCAGAAUAGGAUUGAUCUUCUAAGAAAGCAAUCUGAGAAGUUCGAUGAUAAAGGGCCUGCCAUAGAUGCUGUUGUCUGGUAUGAUGGAGAGGUCUGGAGGGCUGCUCUUGACACACAGAGUCUUCAGGACGAUCCAGAUUGUGGGAAGCUUGCUAACUUUGUGCCUUUAACUAAUUUUAGGACUGAGAGGAAGUAUGGUGUCUUCAGCAAAUUAGAUGCUUGUACAUUUGUUGUGAAUGUCUAUAAUGAUGGGAACAUCUUAAGUAUUGUAACAGACAGCUCCCCUCAUGGCACCCAUGUCGCUGGUAUAGCCACUGCAUUCCAUCCAGAGGAACCCUUGUUGAAUGGAGUUGCGCCUGGAGCACAAUUAAUAUCUUGUAAAAUUGGGGACUCUCGCUUAGGUUCAAUGGAAACUGGAACUGGUUUGACUCGGGCACUGAUAGCGGCUGUGGAGCAUAAAUGCGAUCUUAUCAACAUGAGUUAUGGUGAGCCAACAUUGCUGCCAGACUAUGGACGCUUUGUUGACCUUGUGAAUGAAGCAGUAAACAAGAACCGUCUGGUAUUUGUGAGCAGUGCUGGUAAUAGUGGACCAGCAUUGAGCACUGUUGGUGCACCUGGUGGUACCUCUUCAAGUAUCAUAGGUGUUGGCGCUUAUGUUUCUCCUGCUAUGGCUGCUGGUGCUCACUGUGUUGUUGAACCUCUAUCUGAGGGGCUUGAAUACACUUGGUCUAGCCGAGGACCAACAACCGAUGGAGAUCUUGGUGUUUGUGUAAGUGCUCCUGGUGGCGCUGUUGCUCCUGUCCCUACAUGGACUCUUCAACGGCGUAUGCUCAUGAAUGGGACAUCAAUGGCAUCACCGUCAGCCUGUGGGGGAAUUGCAUUGCUCAUAAGUGGAAUGGAGGCUCAGGAAAUUCCUGUGAGUCCAUAUAGUCUGAGGAAAGCCCUUGAGAAUACAUCUAUUCCCAUAAGUGAUUCACCGGAGGAUAAAUUGUCCAUUGGGCAAGGGCUUAUGCAAGUUGACAAGUGUUAUGAAUAUAUACAGCAGUCUCAAAAUAUUCCAUGUGUUUGGUAUCAAAUAAACAUCAAGCAAUCUGGAAAAACAAAUCCUUCAUCACGGGGCAUCUACCUGAGGGAGGCUAGUGCUUGCCAACAGUCUACUGAGUGGACGGUGCAAGUUAAUCCAAAAUUUCAUGAAGAUGCUGACAAGUUUGAAGAAUUGGUUGUGUUUGAGGAGUGUAUUGAGUUACAUGCUUCAGAUAAGACAAUUGUGAAAGCACCCGAGUAUCUACUGCUCACUCAUAAUGGUCGUACCUUCAACAUAGUUGUGGAUCCUACCAAUUUAUGUGACGGUCUGCAUUAUUAUGAGGUCUAUGGUAUUGACUGCAAAGCACCAUGGCGUGGUCCUCUUUUCAGAAUUCCAAUUACCAUAACCAAGCCCAUGGCUGUAACUAAUAGACCUCCACAAGUUUCAUUUUCAAAGAUGUUAUUCAAGCCAGGCCAUAUAGAAAGGAAAUAUAUCGAAGUGCCACAUGGUGCAUCUUGGGUUGAAGCAACCAUGAACACAUCAAGUUUUGAUACAGCUCGAAGAUUUUUUGUGGACACAGUACAGAUAUCUCCAUUGCAAAGACCUUUGAAAGGGAGGAAUGUGAUAACUUUUUCUUCCCCUGCUGCCAAAAGCUUCACUUUUAGGGUAGUAGGUGGUCAGACAUUGGAACUAGUCAUUGCUCAGUUUUGGUCAAGUGGCAUUGGUAGUCAUGAGACUACCAGUGUGGAUCUUGAGGUAGUGUUUCAUGGUGUAAAAGUCAAUCACGAGGAAAUUGUACUUGAUGGGAGUGAAGCGCCUGUCAGGAUUGAUGCUGAAGCACUACUAGCUUCUGAAAAACUUGCACCUGUAGCAAUUCUAAAUAAGAUAAGGGUCCCGUAUCGACCAAUAGAUGCUAAGAUUAGUGCACUUUCAACUGAUCGUGACAAACUCCCCUCUGGAAAGCAGAUACUAGCACUGACAUUAACAUACAAGAUCAAAUUGGAAGAUGGAGCUGAAGUAAAGCCUCAAAUACCAUAUCUAAAUGAACGGAUAUAUGAUAGUGAAUUUGAGUCUCAAUUUUAUAUGAUUUCUGAUUCAAAUAAGCAAGUAUAUUCAAGUGGAGAUGUCUAUCCGAACUCUACAAAACUUCCCAAGGGAGAAUACAACUUACAGCUAUAUUUGAGGCAUGACAAUUUGCAGAUUUUGGAAAAGAUGAAGCAGCUGGUGUUAUUCAUUGAGCGAAAUUUGGAAGAGAAGGACAUAAUUCGGCUAUGCUUUUUCUCUCAACCAGAUGGUCCACUGAUGGGAAAUGGUUCCUUUAAGUCCUCAACGUUAGUUCCAGGUAUAAAAGAAGGAUUCUAUCUUGGCCCACCACCAAAAGACAAGCUUCCCAAGAACUCUCCCCAAGGAUCUGUAUUGUUGGGAUCAAUAUCAUAUGGGAGACUAUCAUUUGCCGGUCAGGGGGAGCAUAAAAAUCCAGAAAAGCAUCCUGUAUCAUAUCGGGUUUCGUAUAUAGUUCCCCCAAAUAAGAUUGAUGAGGACAAGGGAAAAAGUUCUUCCUUAUCUUCCAAGAAGACAGUUUCUGAACGUUUAGAAGAAGAGGUUCGAGAUGCAAAAAUAAAAGUGCUUGGAGGCCUAAAACAAGAAAGCGAUGAAGAGCGCUUGGAAUGGAAGAAGUUGUCUACCUUGCUCAAAUCUGAAUAUCCAAAGUACACUCCGUUGUUAACAAAGAUUUUGGAAGGUUUGGUUUCUAGGAGUAAUAUCAAAGACAAAUUUCAUCAUGAUGAAGAGGUAAUUGAUGCAGCAAAUGAGGUGAUUGACAGUAUUGAUAGAGAAGAGUUGGCAAAAAAAUUUGCGCUAAAAAAUGAUCCAGAAGAUGAGGAAGCGGAGAAAAUCAAGAAAAAGAUGGAAUCAACACGUGAUCAGUUAGCAGAGGCACUUUACCAAAAGGGGCUUGCACUGGCAGAAAUAGAGUCUUUAAAGGAGGUAGAUAAGUACACGGCUUCAGCUGCAACAGAAGGUGCAAAACAAGAUGUGGAGAAAACUGACGAGCAAUCCAAGGAUGUUGGCAUUCGUCCAGACUUAUUUGAAGAGAACUUUAAUGAACUGAAGAAAUGGGUUGAUGUUAAGUGCACAAAAUAUGGAAUCCUCUUGGUGACAAACGAGAGGCGAAGUCAAAGGCUUGGGACAGCAUUGAAGGUAUUUUCUUUUGCAAAGUCUUGUAUUGAAGGAUCCGACGAGUUGACCGUCGCUGGACCCACCGCCGCACGCGCCGCCACACGCGCGGCCAGUCUCCGGCGCGUGAGCUCCACGCGCCGCCUUCCCGACGUCUUUUUCCACCGCGACUUGCACAGACCUUCUCGUCGGCUUCUCCCAUUCCUGAUCCAGAGGUCAGAUAAAAAAUUUACAAAACUUGAUUUUUCAUCAACAGUUAACCCUUCUCUUUCUAUUCAUGGCUUCCUCAAAACACUCUUCCGCCUCCUCAUCUGUCCCAAAUUCUCAGUCCUCUGGAGACACUUAGGUUUGCAGAUCACCAAUCACCGGUUGAACGGUAAGAAUUUUCUGCAAUUGUUUCAAUCAGUUAAGUUGGUCAUCCGGGCAAAGGGUAAGAUGGGUUAUCUUGACGGAAAAAUUAAGAAACCUACUGAGAAUUCUCCUGAUUAUGACGAUUGGGAGAUUAAUAAUUCCUUGGUCAUGGCUUGGCUGACUAAUUCUAUGGAACCACAGAUUGGCCAAACCUAUCUGUUCUUUGAUAUUGCCAAGGAAAUUUGGGAUGCUGUUCAACAGAAUUACUCCGAUCUGGAGAAUACCUCUCAAGUUUUUGAACUGAGAAAUAAGUUGAGAGACUUUCGUCAAAGGGAUUGGAAGCUAAUACCCAAUUUAAAAAAACACUUGGAGAAGGAAAGACUGUAUGAUUUCCUUGCCGGACUCAACCGAGAUCUUGAUGAGGUUCGUGGUCGAAUAGUGGGGCAGCGACCAUUAGCUUCACUUGCUGACGCCUUUGCUGAAGUUCGUCGAGAAGCCAGUAGACGGAAAGUUAUGCUGGGAGAAAAAGAGUCGCUUGAUAAGUUUGAUGAUAUGUCUGCAUUAGCUGCCAACCGUACCAUUGACCGUUCCUCCGGAGAAUCAAAACGGGAUGGUCGUCCAUGGUGCACCCACUGCAAUAAAAUUGGUCAUACCCGUGAGAAAUGUUGGGAAAUCCACGGGAAACCUGCAAAUUGGAAGCCCAAAGGAAAAAAUAAAGGUCGUGCAUAUCAGGUCUCUACUGAUGACAAGGUUGAUGAGCCUCAUGCAUCCUCUGACUCUGAUGGUGUCUUUCUUAGCAAGACUUAG